ACCAAAGAAGUCUGCUACCUGCGCAAAGACUGCAAGAGAACCCUUCCGACUCAUCCCAGGAUCAUCAACCGGCAGGAAUAACGACGAUUUUGAAUACGAAAAAGAGCUUCCACACCCCCAAUUUGCUGCCCAAUACAAUACGCAGAAGGGAGGCGUUGAUACGCACGAUCAACUGCGUUCAAACUGCGAGUGGGAACGCCGCGCGCGCCGGGGAGGGUGGCAGGCGCUGAUGUAUAGCUUCCUGCUCGGCACGGUUGUUGCGAAUACCUUUCUUUUGCAGAGAGAAUAUCCAGGCCGUAUUCUCUACCCAAGAGCCUCUUCUGAAAGCCAGUGGAUUCGUCAGCUUUGUGCCUCGAUCUUCGAUAGGCAUAAGGAUACCGGGAAUAGUCGCAAAACUCGAGGGCGUCCACGCCACGAGCCUGAAGCAACAACGGUACCUCUCGAGGAGCAUAAACGCGUAGGCAAAUGCCCUCAACGACGCUGUUACGCCUGUACCGGCCGCUCGAUCAGCUCACCAAAAAGACGCGCCUUAGGAGCGAUUUCAGGCAAUUCACGGGCCCCAAAAACACGUUUUGCGUGCGAGACAUGCGAUGUGCCUCUGUGCAAUACCCAACAUUGCUGGGACCGGUACCACAGCUAAUUUUGUAUGUACUGUGGGGCUGCGGCGAUGAAUUCAAUUGGUCGCUGCA